CUAUUUAAAAGAAGAAAACACUAACGUCACUCAACUUGCCGUCACACAUCCCUAGGAUCUUCCACAUCGUACGGCUCAGGACAUGACCUUCACAUUCAUUCCGUCACCGACACUACAAACUUAAAUUCCCCCGUUUUCCCACUAUCCCAUUAAUAAACACACUGAUAGUCACCCUUCUUUUACAGCUCCAGAAAUUCAUUGUAAAUAAAAAAAGGAUGACAAGGAAAAAAGAAAACAGAAAAAGACAAGCGAAAAGAUGGUGUAAUAAAAUGGCGAUGAAUUGGGUACUGAGGUAAAAAAAUUAAUCCCCAAGAAGAGAGAGAGAGAAGAGAGAGAGAGAGAAGAAAAGGUGUGCUUUGUGGGUAAUCAAUCGUACAUAUUAGUUCAAUGAGUUUGAGCAGAUAUUCUUGCAUCACACAUAUAUUUUCUCCAUUUUUCGUUUCAUUUCUUACUUCCCCCUUGUUAGGGUUUUGACUCUCCGGAACUUCAAAAUUUCUCCCCCAAUUCUCAUCUAGGGAAGGUUCUUCUUCUGCUACCCUCGUAUGAUUUUGCUUGCACAUUCUCCUUGUUCUGAAUAGCUACUGCUGAAUAUAUGCACAAAAACCGACCUUAGAUGUAAUUCCGGUCUUUCAGAAUAUCUGUCGCAUGUUCUAGAAUCUUCCAGUAUAAAAGUCAACAUUCAAACAAGUUGGUUGUUUUUCAUUCUCGAUCCUAGAUGGACGAUAGUGGGCAUCGAGAAAAUGGGAGGCAUAAACCACCGCAGGGUCAGUGGUUGAUGCAGCAACAGCCGUCGAUGAAACAGAUAAUGGGCUUCAUGGCAGAAAGAGACGCCGCAAUCCAAGAAAGAAACCUAGCCAUCUCCGAAAAGAAAACCGCCUUAGCGGAGAGGGAUAUGGCCAUUCUGCAACGAGAUUCCGCCAUAGCCGAACGAAAUAACGCCAUAAUGGAAAGAGAUAACGCUAUCGCCACACUCCAGUAUCGCGAAAACGCCAUCAAUAGCAGCAACAACAACAUGUCCCCGUGUCCACCUGUCGGUGGGAGAAAGAUGAGCGGUAGUGCGUUUAAUAAGCUGAUAAGCCGACUUGCUGCCGAGGGUCAUGAUUUGUCGAACCCUGUUGAUCUUAAGGACCAUUGGGCGAAGCACGGUACAAAUCGCUACAUCACUAUCAAAUAGAAAAAAGAAAAAAAAGAAUACAUCAUUUGAUGCUGUUUGGGUUACUUUGCUGAGGUAAUUAUUGGAAGUUGGUAUGAAUGUAUAAGCUUCAGUUUGGUAAUCAUGCAAAAAAAGUAUGAUGCGUUCUUCCAUUGACAUAUGUGUGACGUGGCACCAUUAGCAGUUUGAAUAAAGGAAUGAGUAAAUGCAAUUUGUGUAGGUAGAUGCCUGAAUUAUUGCAUCUUAUUUGCAUGUAAGUGGAGAUUAAUUAAAUUUUAUUUUAUUGUAUCGAUCUUAAAGCCUUGAAUUGGCAA